CUGCACCCACUGAGCGUGAACUUCUCCAGUCCCCAGUGCGCACAGGGCAGGAUGGGAUGCUCCACCAGCUCUCAAACUUCAGCGGUAGACACGACUCGACCCAACGCCAAAACUGAGGCGAGCAAUGGAGCCAGCACGACAGGGGCGGCUGGUGAGAAUGGAAAAGUAGCUGAGGACAGCGAGACCAUUCCAGACCAAACACCGGCUGAAGGCGGCGAUGCUAAACCUGAGAGCGAAGCCGCUGCAGCUGCUACAGCUGCAGAGAGCUCUGCUCCAAGCCCCCCAGCAGCGGAGGAGUCGCCUCCUGGAGUAGACAGCAAACCUGCAGAGGCAGCAGCAGGAGAUGAUGCAGCAGCAGCAGGAGAUGAUGCAGCAGCAGCAGGAGAUGAUGCAGCAGCAGCAGGAGAUGCGCCAGCAGAGGCUCCACCUGCAGACGGCUCUGCUGAAGCAGCACCAAGCUCCUCAGAAGCUGCACCUCCGGAGCAAGAGGCCACAGCGACUGACUCAGAACCCAAACCAGAGGAGGCACCUGCGCCCAGCGAGUGAAGCGUGACGUACCUGACCACACGGAUGAGUUUGCUGGAAGAGGCGCUCCCCGUCCGUAUGCAUGAGUGGGAGUGGGAGUCUGAGUGUUUGUGUGGAAGAAACACAUGCCUUGUUGCCAAGAUGCUGACCCUGAUGAUGACCUCUUUCAUUCAGGGUUCCUCUGUCACCAUUGUGCCUUUUCCCCCUCCUCCCCUUCUUAAUGAUACACAACUACAGUUUUUACUGUACAUAGAUAUGUUCAUUGGAGAGAAGUUUAGAUAAAUCACUAUACUCAAUAUUUAUUAUCUGUAUAGAAAUGUUUGACUUGGAUUAGAAUCUAUGCAGAUUUCUUUCUACAAACUAUAUUCUGACAAAAACCAUAGUUUAUUUUUACCAAUUUAAAUAUAGAUAGAGGUGGCCUUUAAUUUGAAGUACUAUUGUUAGUACAUCAAAUUACUAAGGUCCUGGAGAAAUAAACGCUGCCUUUGCUGAAUUAAAUAAGAAUAUUCCUACGUCUCAUGAUGAUGAAAGCCUGAAAUUUGUUAUAAGCUGUGAACUGUCACAUAAAUUAAAAAGGCAGUAUAUAAAAAAAAUGACA